UCUGCGAAUCCAUCAGGACCAGGGCUUUUCUUUGUUGAUGCAAACUGUGAUGGCAGCAGAUUGUGGACUGCCUGGUCCAGUGUCCCCACGCAGCUGAAGGAGAAAGAUCCUGGCAUAUUGGAAGAAAAAAGAAGCACAUAAACAGAGAAGCUCUCUUUCCCGGGAACAACUUCUUGGUCCUGGCUGAAAAGUCUAUGUUCUUCUACUGCAAGGAACAUGCAGGCAUGAUUCCAGCCACACCAGAAUCUUCCAGCAUAAAAAUAAUGCCCACAGAGGGAGAAAUGUUGAAGGUGCAGCAAAAGGAAGGUCUUCUGUUCUGCUGAGUUGGAGGAAUGAGGGUGACAGUGAUGUCCCCACAUGAGGAACUAAAACGUCAUGUUGCUUGCUUCUAUGACAUUGGUGCCUUCACCUUAAUUUGUGCAUCCUGGUGCGUCUGCCUGAUAUCAAACUUGCCACGUUGUCAGGGAUGAGGGAAGCAUGGAAGCAAGCUUUUUUGGGACCAGUCUCUCUCUGCAGCCCAAAUGUAUGUGAAGAUGCGAGUGGAGACGGGCCAGAUAGACCCAGAAACAGAGAUAAAACAGCUCAAAGACAAUGAGUAACCAGACGCUGGUGACACAAUUCAUCCUGCAGGGCUUCUCAGAGCACCCAGAGUACCAGGUACUCCUAUUUGGCUGUUUCCUCUCCCUCUACACUAUGGCCCUCACUGGCAACAUCCUCAUCAUCUUGGCCAUCACCCUCAACCCUGGGCUCCACACCCCCAUGUACUUCUUCCUGUUCAACCUGGCUACUAUGGAUAUUAUCUGCACCUCGUCCAUCAUGCCCAAGACCCUGCAGGGUCUGGUGUCACAGCAGAGCACCAUCUCCUAUGGGGGCUGCAUGGCCCAGCUCUACUUCCUCACGUGGGCUGCAUCCUCAGAGCUGCUGCUCCUCACAGUCAUGGCCUAUGACCGCUAUGCCGCCAUCUGCCACCCCUUGCAUUAUGGCACCAUGAUGAGCAAGGCCUUCUGCAGCCUGCUGGCCACUGGUGUGUGGAUGCUCUGUGCCUUCAACACGGCCAUACACACAGGGCUGAUGCUACACUUGGACUUCUGUGGCCCCAAUGUCAUCACACACUUCUUCUGUGAGGUCCCCCCUCUGCUGCUGCUCUCCUGCAACUCCACCUAUGUGAACAGCAUCAUGAUCGUCCUUGCGGAUGCCUUCUAUGGCAUCCUCAACUUCCUGAUGACCAUCGUGUCCUACGGCUUCAUCAUCUCCAGCAUCCUGAAGAUGCGGACUUCAGAGGGGAAGCAGAAAGCCUUCUCCACCUGCUCCUCCCAUCUCAUCGUGGUGUGCAUGUACUACACUGCCGUCUUCUAUGCCUACAUCAGUCCCGUCUCCAGCUACAAUGCAGAGAAGAGCAAGCUGGCUGGGGUGCUAUACAGCAUGCUGAGCCCCACCCUGAACCCCAUUAUCUAUACUUUGAGAAACAAAGAGGUCAAAGAAGCUCUCAGGAAGCUCUUUCCCUUCUUCCAAAAUUAAUUUGUGUGUUUCAUGGGGGUUGAAGCUGCUAUGUUUAAUGAUGAACAGGAGCUGAUGUGUGCUCCAUGCUGUUAGAAAACUGGAAAAGCACUUGGACCCAUUAAAUGUGAUAGAAGUGAGAUGGCUAUGUUAGGUGUAUGCAUAUGAUUGAAUAAAAAAUAUAGUUUGCAACCUGGA